AUGGUUUCAAGUCCUCAAAGCGGCGAUCCUCGUUGGGGAACUGGUCCCCCUAGUGAUAACUUACGCUUGAGCCAUGCAAAAAGUGAACGGCGGUACGACAAUUCAAGUACUUAUUAUUCACCACCAUCGCCCUCGUCUUCCACGGUCAAUCCUUUGUAUCCAACAAUACAACAAAGUCACUUGCUCUCUUUAAAUCCUCUUGCAACAUCAUUUAAAAUUGCAGAAACUCCAUCAUUUUUUCACCCACCUCAUCGACAACAGGAAAUCCUUGUUUCAAUAAGCAAGUGGAACGCACCUUUCACUGAGACCAUGGCAUCCUUUAAUUUGCCCACUGGUCAGCCAGCUCCAAAUGCAUUUCAAUAUAACAACAACCCACAUGGCUUUCCACCAUCUCUGGCAAACCUUCAAAACACAAGUCAGGAUUCAGCAAAUUCAAACGAUUCCUUCCGAACACAGGUACCACUCCCAUGGAACCUGCCAUCCGAUUAUGAGGAUAGUGGUGGAGUUGAGAUGUGCGAUCCAAGUCCUUUUGCUGAGCCUCCACCUUUUGUGGCACCUGAAUUUAGCAAUGGCCGCGCUCAGUUUCAACCAUUUACCAAUCAAAAUUCCAUGGUGAACGGUGCUUCUGCUGGAGCUUAUAACCAUGAGAAUGAAUACCAGAUGCAACAACAGCAAACUUAUCAACAAGAAAACUUUACUAUGGGGUUGAAUGGUAUGAACGGCAUGCAUAGCAUGAAUUCAUUCAGCGGUGCUAACAAUGCAUAUCAAUCACCACCUUACAAUGGCCAAAUCGGAGGUCUCCCAAACCCUCACAUGAGCACCGGUCACACAGGAAAUUUGCAGCAUCAGCAUCAAAAUCAAUUCGGUUUCAAUGGGCAUGGUGGUCCUCCAACUCAAAGCAACUUCCAACAGCAGAACAUGGGUAUGCGACCACAAUUACCACAAAUUGCUACUCAAUUUCCUACACAUCCUUACAGUCCUCAAUACAAUCAGACCUACUCUGCUCCACCGAUUGGAAUGAAUCCAGCACAGUUUUACGACAAUGUUGGCGGUGGCAAUUAUCAUGGCCCAAAUUCUACACCAAGUUCAGCCUCGCGUAUGGUAUCCGACUUGAAAUUUAGUAACCUCAGCCUUGGCGGCAUGAGUCCAAAUGGUGUCGGCCCGAACGGCAUUCAGAACAAUGGUUACGGCCAUGGCAGCGGCGUCGGUAAUAUCGGCAAUACUGGUGGCAUUGGCCACAAUGGUUCAGAGCAGAAUCGUUCCAAUGGAAGUUUCUCGGCUGUAGCCAACAAUAACAAUAUGGCUGCCAAUGCUCGCAACGCACAGUAUUCCUCGCUUGUAUCUGUCGGUAACAUUCAUCACCCACUUCCUCCAAAGCCACCAUUUCAAGCGCAAAACACCCAUGUUUCCAAACCCAAUUCUGGCAACCAGCCUUACACAGCAACUAGCAAUAAUCCUCGAUCUGUUGUCCAUACUCCUCAACAGCAAAAGCGAAGCCUUCAAAGUGAGAAAAGUGAUCCAAGUCAAGAGAGCAGCAACGACAUCCAAUCACCUGUAUCGUCCAACGGUCGCUCACUAUCUGCUGCCAUUCCUGCUUCCGAGCCGAGACCUAACUUCACACCCUUGCUUCGAUCUAAUCGCGGCACAUCCAUCACCGCAUCUGUAGAUCGUGCUCAGCACAUUAGCGAUUGGGUACAAAAUACACCGACUCGUGGAAGUGUUUCGCGCCAAAACUCUGUCACAAGUGACAACUUUGCUGAAGUUGACAAUACUCCUACGAUGCCGAACUAUGACGCUGGUAGAGAUCAUCGCCCAAUCAAUAGUUCCCACGACGCCAUCCCAGGUGGUUUUACCCCACGCGCUCUUAGCGUUAAUCCCUUCAAUCCUGUCACCACACUUGCUCCUUUCAGCCCAAAUUCUCGUUACGGAGAUGCUGGUGGCAUGAGCCCCUUGCUUCGUGAGUUGACCAGAAAUGGUACUGUUACGCCAACUGCCGAAGAAGCUCUUGAUAUAAGUUUCAUGCCUUUCGAGGAGUACUGCCGCCAAGCCAAGCCUGCACAAUAUGGGGUUAUGCGAAUUAAAAACAUUCCAUAUGGCGUAACAAGACAAGAGAUUCUUGCAUUUCUAGGCCGUAACGCAAAGAUCGCAGCCUCGAAUGACCACGAGCCCAUCCAUAUUAUUAUGGAGCGUGUCACCAGCAAGACACUUGACGCCUAUGUUGAGUUUAUCAGCUUUACUGAGGCUUCAAAUGCAAUCACACGUUUCGAUAUGAAUCGCAUGGGCGGCAGAGGUGGUCGUCUUGGACAGCGCCACGUCGAAGUGGAGUUGUCUUCCCAGGAAGAGUUGAUGAAACAGCUUUUUCCAAAGGCCAAGAACGUUGAGUGGCACGGAAAUAAGCCCACAAUUAUUGAACGCGACGAGAAUGACAAGUAUAACUCUGGUUUUCAGGGUUUCGUUAGCCGUGAAGAGUUGGUUAUGCUGGUUAAGCAUGUUGAGUCCCCACAACGUUCCCCAUUCUCUAAGGAUUGUCCGCAACGACCAUUCGAAUGUCUUGUCAGUACCUUGAUCAAGUUUCCUUGGGCAAUGGUCAACCACAUCACUUGCCAAGAUCGUGAGUUAUUGUACAAAGCCACGAUGCAAUUGCUUGGGUUGCUUGUUGAACGUGUCGAAAACAAUGAUGAUCCAGUCAAUCUUAAUGCCCAAUUGUUGAAGCGAGUUUGGCGUACUGCUCUCAAGUGCGAGGGUUUCAGUCCCUGUAUGAAAGACAACAUUGUUUUCAAGAUGAAGAUUGAUCCUACAACCGCGUUUGAGUGUGGCGUUCCACCACAAGCUGAUCUCUGGAGCAAUAUCUGGACCAUUGGACCAAGAAAGGAUGUUGCUUAUGAUCUCGUUCAGUACUAUGUCAAGCUUAUCCAUGAUGCAACUACUGAGAAGAAGCAACUCACCUUGGCCGAGAAGGCUGCAGCCAGAGCCGAAGAGGUUCCUCGCCUUCCAAGUCUCUUUGGGAAUCUUGAUACGCUUGUUGAUUACACUAAUUGCCUUGAUUUGACUCUUGCUGAACUUGCUGUGAAGGAGUGGGCUGCAUUCGAGACCGCAAUUCGACGAGCACUUACUCCAGCUUUGGAGGCCGGUCCAUCUAACUGA